CACACUUUGGGCAUUUUGGCGGUCCUUCUCAGCGAUUUGAAUGAAACUCACUAGGGUUCCAGGCUCCGAGAACCCAAAAGCUUUUCCAUGGCGUCUGGUUCGCCACGCUCGCGAAUCGAUCAGUUUUUUGCUUCAAAGAAGAAGAAGAAAUCUCUAUCACCACGUUUGAAGUUUGCUAGAGCCGAGAAGGAUCCAAAAAUUGCACUUGAUGGGUCUCCUAGCAACAAAGGUUCUCUAGAAAGCUAUUUAGUGGCUUCACAAAAUGAUAUUGCUACUGAUAAAGAUUUGCAAGCAGCUUCUGUUCCUUCAGCUAGGCAAGAUCUUGUCAAGAGAAACUUGACAUUGGAGAUAAAUUCAUUAUUAAAAGAUGAGCACCAAAGUUACGCUGGGCACCCUCAAACCUCUGAAGCCUGCGAAGAAGCUCAAAAGCAGCAAACUCUGGUCCUGCCCUAUGAGGGUGAUGUUUCAUUCAGGGGUCAAGCAGACUCUGAUUCUGCAAAUAAUGCUGGAAAUUCUGAACUUAAGCAGUUUGCAACUGACUUUUUGUCACUGUACUGUAGUGAACUUCCACCGCGUGAAAGUGCGCCGUUGGAGCCAAAGGCAUCUGCUCAUAAGAGACAAGGGAGCCCAUCUGUGGUAACGGUGGAGAAUAAAUUAUCCAAGAAAAGGCAUUGCAUUACUGAUAAGGAUUGCUACCAUAAUGAGAGUGAAACCACUUGCACUGGUGAGAAGCAUUUAGAACAUGGAGAGUCCAGAUAUGAUUCUGUAGAAGCAGUUAUCAACUAUUCCAGAGGGAUGAAUGCAGGUGUGCAUCCAAUAGAAGUUCAAGCGAGCUUGAGAAAAUGCAAAAGAACAUCCACAACAUCUUUAUGCAUCUCCGGACAUGAUACUCCUGCUAUGAUUGCCAGAGCCCGCGAAACUCCAAAGUCAACUCGUGGAAGCUCUAUAUUUUCUCCUGGAGAUGCAUUUUGGAAUGAGGCUAUUCAGGUUGCAGAUGGUUUGUUUGUGACAAAUGAUGAACUUUUUGUUCAGGUUGCUAGAGAAAUUGAUGCUAAGGCAAACUGUGCAAGAAAUAAUUCAAACGAUUUGAGAAAUGUAGGGCUUGGUCACAUGUCAAAGAAAGCCCUGAAUGAAGGUGGAAAUAGAGUCAGUGGCUUGGAAAUGAACACUUCUAUUGGGUCAUCUCUGAAGAGUGGAAAAGAUUUGGACAAAGAAACAUCACCAUUGCCUGUAAAGCAUUUUGACUUUUCCUGCGAGGACAAAAAUCUGGAUGAUGCAACUAGUUAUGUAGAUACUAUGGCAAUUCUUAUGCAUAGAAAAGGUGAACAAACUGGAAGUGCUUCUGUAAUUAACAGAAGUGUUCAGCCUGCAAAUCAAGCAAACAAUUCUCAUUUGAACGGGGCAGUGCCCCAGGUACAGGAGGUGACUGGUUGUGAUGUGGCCAAAGGGGAAGAGGGUUGUAUUCAAGAUAAUGAUUUCACCGGAUCUAUUACUCCAGAUAAGGAAAAAGGAAAUUUUGCAGCUAACAGUGAAUAUGAUACUCCGUCAAGUUUUGUACCUUCCAACAAUCGUUUAGAUCUUAGCCAUUGGCUUCCUUUUGAAUUAUGCAGCAUGUACAAUAAGAAGGGAAUCUCAAAAUUGUAUCCAUGGCAGGUUGACUGCCUUCAGGUGGAUGGUGUGUUACAGAAAAGGAAUCUUGUAUAUUGUGCAUCGACUAGUGCUGGGAAAAGUUUUGUAGCUGAAAUAUUAAUGUUGCGGCGAGUAUUAACCGGUGGAAAGAUGGCACUUCUUGUACUUCCAUAUGUAUCAAUUUGUGCAGAAAAGGCAGAACAUCUGGAGGCACUUUUAGAGCCACUUGGCAAACAUGUACGUAGUUAUUAUGGAACCCAAGGUGGUGGAACUCUUCCAAAAGAUACAUCUGUUGCAGUCUGCACAAUUGAGAAGGCAAACUCUUUAAUUAACAGAUUGCUAGAAGAAGGUCGUCUCUCAGAAAUUGGGAUUAUUGUGAUAGAUGAAUUGCACAUGGUUGGUGAUCAGAGUAGGGGUUACCUGUUGGAGCUUCUGUUGACAAAGCUUCGUUAUGCAGCUGGCGAAGGCAAUGUAGAAUCAUCUAAUGGAGAAAGUUCAGGUACAAGCAGUGGGAAGACUGAUCCCACUAAUGGCCUUCAAAUUGUUGGUAUGAGUGCAACCUUGCCAAAUGUGGCUUCUGUUGCUGAUUGGCUUCAAGCAGCUUUAUACCAGACUGAUUUCCGCCCAGUUCCACUAGAGGAAUACGUCAAAGUUGGAAACACCAUUUAUAAUAAAACAAUGGAUAUUGUUAGGACCAUCUCAAAAACAGCUGAUCUUGGUGGUAAAGAUCCAGACCAUAUUGUUGAAUUGUGUGAUGAGGUUGUCCAAGAGGGUAAUUCGGUGCUGCUGUUUUGCUCAAGUCGAAAAGGAUGUGAAACAACUGCUAGGCAUGUUGCUAAAUUCCUCAGGAACUUUCCUGUCAGUGCCCAUAAUGAUAAAAGUGAUUUGAUGGAUGUCACUUCAGCUAUUGAUGCUUUGCGAAGAUGUCCUGCAGGAUUGGAUCCCAUAUUAGAAGAAACUCUUCCUUCUGGAGUUGCCUAUCAUCAUGCUGGUCUGACUGUUGAAGAAAGAGAGAUUGUUGAAACCUGCUAUCGUAAAGGACUUGUACGUGUGUUAACUGCUACCUCGACCUUGGCUGCUGGGGUUAAUCUACCUGCCAGGAGGGUCAUUUUUCGACAACCCCGAAUUGGUCGUGAUUUUAUAGAUGGGACAAGGUACAGACAGAUGGCUGGUCGGGCUGGUCGUACUGGGAUAGACACAAAAGGGGAGAGUGUUCUAAUUUGCAAACCAGAUGAAGUUAAAAGAAUUAUGGGCAUUCUUAAUGACAGCUGUCCACCGUUGUGUUCUUGUCUGUCUGAAGAUAAAAAUGGGAUGACCCAUGCGAUAUUAGAAGUUGUUGCUGGUGGGAUUGUUCAAACUGCUAAUGACAUUCAUCGAUAUGUUAGGUGUACUCUUCUUAAUUCUACGAAGCCAUUUGAAGAUGUAGUGAGAUCAGCACAGGAUUCUCUGAGGUGGUUAUGCCACAGAAAAUUUCUUGAAUGGAAUGAAGACACCAAGUUAUAUAGCACCACACCUCUUGGGCGGGCAUCUUUUGGCAGUUCUCUGAGCCCUGACGAAUCACUUAUUGUGCUGGAUGAUCUUUCAAGAGCUAGAGAAGGAUUUGUUCUUGCAUCUGAUUUGCAUUUAGUAUACUUAGUAACACCCACCAAUGUUGAAGUUGAGCCAGAUUGGGAAUUAUAUUAUGAAAGAUUCAUGCAAUUGUCUGCUCUUGAGCAGUCAGUUGGCAAUCGAGUUGGAGUAGUGGAACCCUUUUUAAUGCGUAUGGCCCAUGCUCCAAUGGCCUCUUCAAAAAGAUCAAAGAGUAACACGAAUGGAUGUCAGGGAAGAUUUGACUGCAGAGCUGGGAUGGUAAAAUGUAGUGUGCUUUCAGAUGAGCAGAUACUUCGUGUGUGUAAGCGAUUUUAUGUUGCCCUCAUCUUGUCAAGACUUGUUCAGGAAAUACCAGUGGGGGAGGUUUGUGGAGCCUUCAAAGUAGCUCGAGGCAUGGUUCAAGCCCUACAAGAAAAUGCUGGAAGGUUUGCAUCUAUGGUCUCUGUGUUCUGUGAGAGGCUUGGUUGGCAUGAUCUGGAAGGCUUGGUUUCCAAGUUCCAGAAUCGUGUGUCAUUUGGAGUCCGAGCAGAGAUUGUGGAGCUUACCACCAUUCCAUAUGUCAAGGGUUCCCGAGCUAGAGCAUUAUAUAAGGCUGGCAUGCGCACUCCGCAAGCAAUUGCUGAAGCCUCGAUAUCUGAAAUUGUGAAGGCUCUUUUUGAAUCUUCAUCUUGGGUUGCACAAGAAAAUGCAGCACAACGACGGAUACAAUUGGGGGUAGCCAAGAAGAUAAAAAACGGUGCACGCAAAGUUGUUCUUGAUAAAGCUGAAGAGGCAAGGGUUGCUGCAAUCUCUGCUUUUAAAUCUCUUGGAUUUGAUGUUCCCCAGUUUUCUCAACCUCUUCUAUUAAGGACCACUGGUGAUGCCACUCAGAAACAAACAUCUACCUCUUCUGGGGAAGAGACCAUCAGUAGCUUUAUUGGUGGACAACAUGCAAAGCGUUUUUCAACUGAGUCAACCAAUGAAGAAGGGGAGAAUCUUGAUAAACUAAUAUUAGACAAUGGGGAAGAGAAGUUAAUGAAAAAUGCAGAUGUUGGCUUAGGGACUUCAGAUGAUGCUAAAACAACUAAAACCAUGUGGACUAACUUUGAUGCUGAAGAUCCUGCAGGGAUGGUUGAAGGCUCUGGUACUCUUACUGAUGUCAAUGUGGCUAUUAAAGAUAUUGAAAAUGGAACAACCUUCUCUGGUGUUCUAAGAAUUACUGAUAACAUUGAUAACAAGAACAGAGAAAGUAAAUGUCUUAGAAAUAAGGAAAAUGCUCCUGAGAGAGGUCCUGUAAAUGCUGUUAAUACUCCUGGAGGAUUUGAUCAUUUCUUGGAUCUUUGGGACUCAACUCAAGAGUUCUAUUUUGAUAUCCACUUUAACAAACGAUCUGAGGUGAACUCAUCUGUCCCUUUUGAAAUACAUGGCAUAGCAAUUUGUUGGGGAAGUUCUUCUGUGUACUAUGUCAAUCUUCCCAAGGAUCUGUUUUGGUUUAAAAAUGGAAGUAGUAGUCCUCUGUCCAUGAGCAUUGCUGGUGAGGAGAGUGCUAUCUCAGCAUCAAAGCAUCGGUUUGAAUUGGCAAAGCAAAGAUGGAGUAGGAUUGGUAUGAUCAUGAGGAAAAAAGAUGUCAAAAAGUUUACUUGGAACUUAAAAGUUCAGAUUCAGGUGUUAAAAGUUCCUGCUGUUUCCAUUCAAAGAUUGGCUAGUCUAAAUCUUGCAGUGAAAAAUAUGGGUCUUGAACUCUUUGAUAGCUCGUACUAUGUGUUGUCUCCAGUUUUCGUACAAGAUGUAAUUGACAUGUGUAUAGUAGCAUGGAUUCUUUGGCCUGACGAGGAGAGAAGCUCCAAUCCAAAUUUGGACAAGGAAGUUAAGAAAAGAUUGCCCAGUGAGGCUGCAGCAGCUGCUAGUCGGAGUGGUCAGUGGAAAAAUCAGAUUCGAAGAGCUGCACAUAAUGGUUGCUGCCGUCGAGUUGCACAAACCCGAGCCAUAUGUUCUGUUCUCUGGAAGUUGCUUAUUUCUGAAGAUCUAGUUGAAGCACUUACUAACAUUGAGAUCCCGUUGGUUAAUGUCCUAGCAGACAUGGAGCUUUGGGGAAUAGGUGUCGACAUGGAGGGAUGCCUUCGGGCACGGCAUGUGUUGGGAAUAAAACUAAGGUAUCUUGAGAAGGAAGCUUACAAAUUGGCUGGUACAACUUUUUCAUUGUAUACAGCAGCAGAUAUUGCAAAUGUGCUUUAUGGGCGCUUGAAUCUGCCCAUACCUGAAGGGUGUAAUAAAGCAAAGCAACACCCAAGCACUGACAAGCACUGUUUGGAGUUGUUGAGGCAUGAACAUCCUAUAAUUCCCAUCAUUAAAGAACACCGGACCUUGGCUAAGCUCCUAAACUGUACAAUUGGAUCAAUUUGUUCACUUGCUAGACUUUCAAUGGGGGUGAAGUAUACUCUGCAUGGGCGUUGGCUCCAAACAUCCACUGCAACUGGGAGACUUUCAAUGGAGGAACCUAAUCUUCAGUGUGUUGAGCACAUGGUUGAGUUCAGAAUGUCUAAGGAUGGCAAAGAUGGAAAUGAUUCAGAUGUUGAUCAUUACAGAAUAAAUCCCCGUGAAUUUUUUCUCCCUACUCAGGAAAAUUGGUUACUAUUAGCUGCUGAUUAUUCUCAGAUAGAACUGCGCCUAAUGGCUCACUUUUCUCAAGACAAUUCAUUAAUUGAACUCCUACGUGAGCCUCAUGGUGAUGUCUUUAUCAUGAUAGCUGCAAAAUGGACUGGGAAAGAGGAAUCUGCCAUUACUCCUGAAGAGCGAGAUCAAACCAAAAGAUUGGUCUAUGGCAUUCUGUAUGGAAUGGGUCCUAAUACCCUUGCCGAACAACUGAACUGCAGUCUGGAUGAUGCUGUUGAGAAAAUUCAAAGUUUUAAAAGGUCUUUUCCUGGUGUUGCUUCCUGGCUUCAAGAAGUGGUUACAUCUUGUCGUCAGAAAGGAUAUGUGGAGACCCUUAAGGGAAGAAAGCGUUUCCUAGCAAAAAUAAAAUUUGGGAACAGUAAAGAAAAAUCUAAAGCUCAGAGACAAGCUGUCAAUUCUAUUUGUCAGGGGUCUGCUGCUGACAUAAUCAAAAUUGCGAUGAUCAACGUACACUCUCUGAUUACUGAAAAAGUCGAGAAGUCUCUUCCAAGCACUGAAUUUUCAGCUCAAUUUCACAUGCUUAGAGGUCGCUGCAGAAUCCUUUUGCAGGUCCAUGAUGAAUUAGUACUGGAAGCUGACCCUUCUGUUAUAAGGGAAGCUGGAUUGUUACUUCAAAUGAGCAUGGAAAGAGCUGCUGAGCUUCUUGUCCCUUUGCGUGUCAAAUUGAUGAUGGGGAAAACGUGGGGAUCUUUGGAGCCCUUCCUCAGUGGCUAACCUGCAGAUGAAGUUACUAUACUGAAUUCUUGGGUUAGGAAGAGUGAACGCAGGCAAAUAUUCUUGUCAAACUGGAAGUAACUGUGCUGGUGUAAGGCAUUUGAUAUCACCAAUGGUAUGGGCUACAACUACUAAUGAUGAUAGCAGACGUUCAUGGGACCGCAGCAAUAACAAAAUUGAUCAAAAAUCUUAAUUCCACUAGGUUGGGUUGGCUAAAUGAAUUAUAGACCUUCAGAGGUUCAUGGGGCCGCAAGAGACAAAAUGGGAUUGCGGAGUGCUGGAUGAUUCUUGCUUCAGACUGUUGGAAAUGAAUGUGUGGCUGAUGAUUAGUGGCCAUUCCCAUUGCUAAAAAUAGGUUCUCAUGUGGUGACAGUACGAAAUUGAACGAUAAACCAUGAAAUGGAUCAGAUCAAUUGCUUGACAUGAUGUCAGGUUCCAAUUUUGCUGGUUUGGACAAUUAACAGAGCGAAACUUUAGAAUGAGAGAGAUGUUUCCAACCAGAUUUCGGAGGAAAAUUAUAUGGGGAUCAUCAUGUUGUCAGGAGUCGAGGACUGAACAAAGUGGAACUUGCUCAAAGACUUGAAGGUGUCUAUCAAAUGGAUAUUUUUAUGCACCGUCUAGAGGCAUGGAUGAGUUGAGUUGCACGUGCGCUGUGAACGUAUCCUGUGAGAUAGCUUAAAUUCAGG